AUGGAAACUCCUAAAAGCAGAUCAUCUGCUGAAACUCAAGAAUCGAACUCAAUGCGAACAUCUACCACUUCAACUAGACGAUUAUCAUUUCAAGGAACGGUUCGUCGAACACAACGAUUGAUGCGUGUUCUUAGAACAAUGAAUACUUUGAAUGAAAAUAGAAGAGCCACUCAUUUUGGAUCUAAUAUUAGUGAAAGUUCACCAUAUCAAAGACGUGGUGCUAUGACAUUAGAAAAGACAAAAUCAGCAGAAAGUAGUGAAACAUCUAGUAUUACGCCUGUAUUAGGCCAACAAGAAAAUGCAAAUGGAGCAAUAGCAAGUUCACGUCGACUUGGUCAACGAUUUAUUAUUCUUCAUUAUUCACCAUUUAAAGCAGUAUGGGAUUGGGUAGUUAUACUACUUGUUUUAUAUACAGGUAUUAUAACACCUUAUACAAUAUCAUUUCUAUCUGAUGAAGAUCAAAAACGAACAAAUUUAAAUACACAUGCAGCAACACGACAAUUUAAUCGAGAACGAACAAGUAUUCAUGUUUUAGUUAUUAUUGAUGUACUUGUUGAUUUUAUGUUUAUAUUUGAUAUAUUAAUUAGUUUUCGAACGACAUUUGUUUUAAAAGAAACAAAUGAAGUAAUAACAAAUCCUAUAUUAAUUGCUAAACAUUUUGUUAUUGAUUCAUGGAGACGUUUUGGAGCUGAUAUACUCGGUGCAUUACCAUGGGAUAUUCUAUUUUUUGGCAAUGGAAGUCAUUCGGUAAUUUGA